GCUUCCCUCCUCCUCCCUCAGUUUCCUCCUCAGAGGCUGCCCAGACCCAAACCCACAAAGGAGGUGCAGACUUCUGUGAUUAAGCAAGGCUGGGCUGCCUCUCCCCUUCCACUUUCAGCUGCCUCUUCCUCCCCCAUCCCCAAGGAUCCACCCUGAGGGAAGCAGCAGCCCGAGCCCCACCAUGGAGCCCGGCAUGAGGGAGCCCCUGGUGAGGAAGCUGAGCCCCUCGUAUCGGACCUUCCCCCAGAGCAAGAGGCUGGAAAAGGAAUACCUGAGUAGCCUCCAUAACCAGCGGCUCUACCUGGCUGUGUUUGCUGCUGUCCUGGGGAAUUUCAGCUUUGGCUUUUCCCUGGUUUACCCCUCGCCCGUCAUCCCAGCCCUGGAGCAUCACCCCAACCCCGCGCUGCGGCUGGACCAGCACACAGCAUCCUGGUUUGGGUCAGUGUUCACCCUGGGGGCAGCAGCAGGGGGGCUCAGCACCAUGAUGCUCAACGACCGCCUGGGCCGCAAGCUGAGCAUCAUCGUCUCAGCACUGCCCUUGGCUGCAGGGUAUGCACUGCUGGCUGGAGCCCAGGGCCUGGGGAUGCUGCUGCUGGGACGUGUGCUGACGGGAUAUGCUGGGGGGGUGACCUCUGCUGCCAUCCCGGUCUACAUCUCAGAGAUCUCCCACCCCAGGGUCAGAGGCAUGCUAGGUGCUUGUCCUCAGAUGAUGGCAGUGCUGGGAUCCCUCGUCCUCUAUGCACUGGGGCUGGUGCUGGACUGGCGCUGGCUGGCUGUGGCAGGGGAGGUGCCCGUGCUGCUGAUGAUUCUCCUGCUCUGCUUCAUGCCCAACUCCCCCCGGUUCCUGCUCUCCCAGGGGAAGGAUGAGGAGGCCCUGAGGUCACUGUGCUGGCUCCGGGGCAAGGACACAGCUUACACCAGGGAGUACGAGCAGAUCAAGGACAGUGUGAGGAGGCAGAGCCAACGGGUUUCCUGGGCUGAGAUCAAGGAUCCCUUCAUUUACAAGCCCAUCCUGAUUGCAGUGGGGAUGAGGUUCCUGCAGCAGCUCUCCGGUGUCACCUGCAUCCUUGUGUACCUCCAGUCAAUAUUCAAGAAAACAUCUGUCAUCCUGAGACCAGAGUUGGAUGCAGCUCUGGUGGGUUUGGUGCGUCUGCUCUCGGUGGCCAUCGCUGCUGUGUCCAUGGAUAAAGCUGGGAGGAAAAUCCUUCUCUUUGUGUCAGCUGGUGUCAUGUUGGUCUCCAACCUGACCAUGGGACUCUAUAUCCACUUCAUGCCAGUUUCUCAGAACAGCACCACUGCCAACAGGACCCUGGUGAGCUCUGCCACCCUUUCUGCUGAGCCCACCAACUACAUCACCCUCAUCCCCCUCCUGGCAACCAUGUUCUUCAUAAUGGGUUAUGCCAUGGGCUGGGGCCCCAUCACUUGGCUGCUGAUGUCAGAGAUCCUCCCUCUGAAAGCCCGUGGGGUGGCCUCAGGGCUCUGUGUGGUUGUGAGCUGGCUGACAGCCUUCACCCUGACCCAGUUCUUCCUCCGGGUGGUGGAAGCCUUUGGCCUCGAGGUGCCCUUCUUCUUCUUUGCUGUCAUCUGUGCUGGGAACAUCUUCUUCACGGGCUGCUGUGUUCCAGAAACCAAAGGCAGGUCCCUGGAACAGAUUGAGGCUUUCUUCAGAACUGGCAGGAGGUCGUUCAUGGGGUAGGAACUGCACCAGGUCACUGGUCCAGUUCCUCAAGGGCAAGAAAGCAAAACCAGUCGUGUGCUGGAGCUGUCUGUGAGGGCAGUGGGAGAGGAAGGAGCAAUGACCACACCAUGAUUUGGCUGCAGAAGCUGCCAGCUGGAACUUUACCUUCUCUUUGCAUCAUUCAACACUACCUGCUGCUCUCUGGGCAAUCUGUCAGCCCGAGGUAUGGGAUAAGGUAACCAGCACCAGGCUGGAGAUAAAAGAUGUCCUGAAAAAUGUGGUUAAAGGAACAUGCAUGUCCUUCACUCAGCAGCCACCCAAGCAGCCCAAGAGCUCCAGGGUUUGGCUGGAACAGAGUUUGUAGCUGUAGCUACAAAGUUCAUUAUUUUGGCAAAAGUUCAUUAUGUAGAUGUAAGAAUAAAAUAGUUUUGU